UGACCGAGGCGAUCAUAACGUCUUGAAACGCCGAACUUACUGCGUGUUUUACGCGGCGCGCUCUUUUAACACAAAUUAAAAACAAAUUGAUUCGAUAUACGUGACUCUGGCUGCGAAUACUUUUUUUUUUUUAUUUUUUAUAAACGCUACAUAUUAAAUAAAAAACGAAAGAAAUAAGAAAAAAAAAUCUAUUCAAAAUAAAGUCAUUCAUAUCUUAUGGGAGAAAAUGCUAAAAUAAAAUACUUUUUUUUAUUGCUUAAAAAAAAAAAAAAAAACAAAAACAAGUUAUUUGUAAACAAAUUUUAACUUAAUCGAAGGAAAGUGACAUAGAAGAUAUCCAUUUAAGGCUUUUAAAUAAUUACGCGAAAAAGUUUGAUUUAAGUCGGGAGAAAAAAAAAAAGAUACCAAACUUUAUAUUCCAUAAAAUUGACUUUUGUUUAUAUUUAUUUCCUCUUUUGGUAAAAUGCUUCUUUCUUUUUGUUUUUGCUAAACAUCGUAACUAAGAAAAGCAAAACAAAAACAAAAUGUGUUCGAAAAAUCAAAUGAAUAGUUUAAUGGAGAAAAUAAACACGACUUUGCAGUCAUGUCCCAUUAGUACAUGUACUAAUGAACCAGAUACUCUAAGUGCCAACAAUGAGUCGUUGCAACCAAUUCCGGACAGCACUCUUUAUAAACAACCGUUAACUAUCCAACAAAACGGGCAUAGUUGUAGCAGCAGCACUGUUAGCGGCAGCAAUAGCAGUGAGAAUCGUCACCACCAUCAUCUUUUGCAUACACAUCAACACAGCAUUACAACCGGGAAUAGUGCUACAAGCGACACUUCAUCCGCAUCUUUCCAUCAACGCUUUGAUUUCAGUCAAAUAAAAGCUCGCUUACCAGAACUAAAUUGUCUGCAUAAUUUGCAACGUUUCUGGCAGCAGCACAACGUUACUACACACAAUAGCAACGCAAGCUCCGACGAUCAAAUACCAAACAAAAAGGAUGGUGGCGCUGGCGGCUUUGGCUCAUUCUACGCUAAUAAUAUUUUAGGCUACACUUUCGGCUAUCCAUUCGGAGGGUCUGAAACUGUCGGUGGCGGCGGUAGUGGUGGUGGUGGUGGUGGUGGUGGUGUUGUCGGUGUCGGUGUCGGUGGUAAAGAUUCAAGCAAGCCGGAAGCUGUUCGAGAAACGCCUCUUCAGAAAUUUUACAGACAUCAACAGCAAAAGAAAAUGCCAGCAUUUCGAGGAAGACGUGGUUGGUGCGGUUGCUUUCAGGAUGAUGAACCUCCUGAGAUUUGCGUGGUUGAGGGUGCAUUUACCCUCCAAACCCUGACGCCCACUCAACCAAUGCCCUCGGUCGAUGAGUUAGAUACGAAAUUCGCUGAACUAGUCGAAGAAUUAGAUUUGACAGCGCCGAACAAGGAGGCAAUGUUAAGUUUGCCUCCCCAAAAAAAGUGGCAAAUUUACUGUUCACGCAAAUCACCCCUCGAUACAAUAGAUGGGGGUCCAACAACCAACAUAACGCAACCACCUACCGCUGAGCACUAUGUAGAACGCCUUAAGGAUUUGGCAUUGCAUAUUUCUGUCAGCCCCGAUGACUCACCGUGCCAUGAAUAUAGCUCUUGCAUUGAAAAUCACGCUCAGUUUCUCGACGCGUUGAAGACCGCCCUGAGAACGUCAACGCACAGUUUUGUACUAAGAUUUGUCGAGUUCGACGGAUUGCCGGCUUUACUGAAUCUCUUGCAGAAAAUGGACAUACGCGUGUCCAACAGUCCAUUUCACACUAGUCUAAUAGGUUGCAUAAAAGCCUUAAUGAAUAAUUCGACGGGCAGAGCUCAUGUUUUAGCUCAUCCUACAUCGAUUGACAUCAUAGCUCGGUCACUUGCUGCCGAUAACAUUAAAACUAAAGUGGCCGCCUUAGAAAUUUUAGGAGCUGUCUGCCUAGUGCCAGGCGGUCAUCGUAAGGUCUUGCAAGCCAUGUUGAAUUUCCAGGAUUACGCUGCCGAACGUACGCGAUUUCAGAGCAUUGUUAAUGAUUUAGAUCGUUCGACGGGCGCAUAUCGUGACGAUGUGAACUUGAAAACUGCCAUAAUGUCUUUCAUCAAUGCUGUACUUAAUUAUGGUCCCGGUCAAGAGAAUUUGGAUUUCCGUUUGCAUUUACGUUACGAAUUUCUAAUGCUUGGUGUACAACCCAUCAUCGAUAAAUUGAGGAAGCAUGAAAAUGAAACCUUGGACAGACAUUUGGAUUUUUUUGAAAUGGUACGAGCCGAGGAUGAGAAAGAGCUGGCCCGUAAAUUUGAUCAUGAGCAUAUAGACACGAAGAGCGCUACAGCGAUGUUUGAAUUGCUAAGACGGAAGCUCAGCCAUUCACCAGCCUAUCCACACCUGCUUUCCAUGUUCCAUCACAUGCUUCUAUUGCCAUAUACCGGACGCUGUACUCAGCAUUGGCUAAUGUUUGACCGCGUCGUUCAGCAAAUCGUCUUGCAGAUUGAAAGUGGUCGAAAUAAUGGCGAUGUUGAUAUUGACGAUCAAAUCAAAGUUCACGACCCAGACGUGGCCCCUUUAAAAAUCAAUGUUAAUGAAAUAGUUCAUCUACUGGUAAAGGAAGAAGAAUUAACACAAGCCCGUAGAAGGGCCGAUGAGUUAGAGAGGGAAAAUUUUGAUAUACAAUCGCGAUUGGCAAAAAAAGAACAGGAGCUUGAUCAACGAGUGCAAGAGAAAGAAGAUUUAGAGACAAGUUUAAUUCGUAUGCGGGAACGUUUAGAAAAAGAAUCGGCCAAUCAUUCGCAAGCGGUACAAAGAGCGCAAAUAGCCGAAAUUAAAGUUGAAGAUUUGCAGCAUCGACUAAUGAGCGAACAACAAGAAAGAAGCAGAUUGGAGCGAUUGGUUACGGAGGGCAGCAUACCAGAUGAUCAAAAGGUUGCCGGCCUUAUUGGCUGUAAUGGUGCUACGUCCCCUCCGCCACCACCGCCUCCCAUGAAAAUUUUACCGCCCCCGCCGCCACCAUUUUUAGUAGCGCCACCACCUCCUCCUCCAUGCCCAGGACCGCUUCAAGCACCAGUUAUGGCUCCAACUAUGGCUCCUCCAGUUCCGAAGCCCGAAGCACCAAAGAAAAAUGUACCACAACCCACAAAUCCGCUAAAGAGCUUCAAUUGGUCGAAAUUACCCGAUGCCAAGGUUGAGGGCACCGUUUGGAGUGAACUAGAUGAAUCUAAAUGGUACAACAACAUUGAAUUACAAGCGAUUGAUAAGCUAUUCUCAGCUUAUCAAAAAAAUGGUGUAACCACCGCGGAUGGUUCCGUCGAAGACUUACGGAUGAUGGGCAGUAAGCCACGCAACAAAAUUCUUUCAGUGAUUGAUGGUAGGAGAGCGCAAAAUUGUACGAUACUUUUAAGUAAACUGAAAAUGAGCGAUGAAGAGAUUUCAAAAGCAAUACUCUCCAUGGACUCCAACGAACAAUUGGCUUUAGACAUGGUAGAACAGUUACUCAAAUUUACACCAUCGGCCGAGGAGAGAGCAUUACUUGAUGAGCACAGUGAGGACAUCGAGUCGUUAGCAAGGGCCGAUCGUUUUUUAUACGAGAUAUCAAAAAUACCGCAUUACGAACAACGAUUGAAAAGCUUACAUUAUAAGAAACGCUUUAUGAUAACAGUAAACGAUUUAAUUCCACGCAUCACUAACGUCAUGGAAGCUUCACGUGAAGUGACUCGCUCUAGACGUUUAAGGAAGCUAUUGGAAUUAGUUUUGGCAUUAGGCAACUAUAUGAAUCGUGGCGCUCGAGGCAAUGCAUCUGGAUUUCGUUUAGCGUCUUUAAAUCGUUUAGCUGAUACUAAAUCUAGCGCAGCCAAGGGCACCACUCUUCUACACUUUCUAGUCCAAAUAAUUGACAAAAAAUUCAAGGACCUUUUAAAGUUAGAAGAAGAUAUUCCACAUGUGAGAGAGGCAUCCAAAGUGUCUCUGGGAGAAAUGGACAAGGACAUACAAAUGUUGCGCACAGGUUUAACCGACGUGGCCCGCGAAAUUGAAUUCCAUCGUUCUUCGGGUCCUGCUCAACAGGGUGAUCGUUUUUUGCCCGUUAUGCGUGAAUUUCAUGCCCAGGCUUCGGUUAGAUUUGCCGAAUUAGAGGAUAAAUUUCAAGAUAUGAAGACAAGAUUUGACCGAGCGGUCCGUCUUUUCGGCGAAGAUGGCGCUAUCUUACAACCGGACGAGUUCUUUGGUAUAUUUGAUGCUUUUCUUACGGCCUUUGCUGAAGCUCGUCAGGAUAACGAGAAUUUACGCCGCCGUCAAGAAGAAGAAGAGAAACGCGCAAAACAGGAAGCCGAACUUAAGAAACGAACAAUUGAACGUAAAAACAAAGAAGGAUUGAUGUCUUCGGUGGCCAGAAAUUUAGGCUUGAAAUCAAAUAACGGUACCGAUUGCUCAGCUAAAGGGGACAACAAAGGCGAAUUCGAUGACCUAAUAUCAGCGUUGCGGACGGGCGAUGUAUUCGGCGAGGAUAUGGCAAAAUUUAAACGGUCACGCAAAACUCGCUUAACUAACGCUAGCACUUCACCGCCUCGACAUGGCCUGCACAGAGAAGAGAGCAGAGAACGCACUGUGAGGAGACAGUAAAACGGAUUACUACAUCAAUAUUAUAGAUGAAAAUAAAUUUAAAGUAAUUGUUACUUAGCGAAUUUUCAACAAUGUCGUCAUAAAAUUCGAGAGGAUCCACUAGCGAAUGACGAAAGGCAUUAUUUAGUUCAGUUCAAUUCUUUAAAUUUUAUCUUCUUUUUUAAAUUUGUUAAAACAAGUUGAAGCGAUGACCGGCAAGAAGGAAGGCGGGGCAAUGAAGAAUAUAUAAAAGAAUAUUGAAACCAAAUUAUGUCAAACCAAUUUACGUUAAUUAUUAUUAAGAGAGAAAUACGAGGCAUGUUUGUAUUAAAAAUUUAG